UAUUGAACUGGAAUCCAGAAUUCGUAACGCCUUUGUCCGGAAUUCGUAACGCCUUUGUGCCUUUGUCUUAAUUCGUAACGUCUGUCUUUUUUGAUAUUGAGAAAGCAUACGAUCGAACUUGGCGUUAUGGAAUUCUCCAGACACUGUUUGACAUUGGACUCCGGGGUCAUUUGCCAAUUUUCAUCAAAAAUUUCUUGCUGAGGCGUUAUUUUCGUGUUAUACUAGGAUCUACAUUUUCUGAUCUUUACGUUCAAGCGGAAGGCGUCCCACAAGGCAGCAUUUUAAGUGUCACGUUAUUCAUCAUGCAUAUUUCACCAGUUUUAAACUUCUUGCCCCCUACUGUCUCUGGCUCUCUCUAUGUCGAUGAUCUAUACAUCUCGUGUUCAGGAUCCGACAUGAGAGUCAUCGAGCGACAGCUGCAAUUAGCUGUGAACAAGAUCUUAGACUGGUGUGAUCAGAAUGGUCACACGCUUUCACCAUCUAAAAGUUGCUGUAUCCAUUUCUGCCGUAAACGCUCACUUCAUAAUGACCCUGACAUCUCCAUCCGAAACAUUAAUAUACCAGUCGUGCCACACACGAAAUUUUUAGGAGUCAUCGACAGUAAGCUGACUUUUAUACCUCAUAUCAGGCUAUUACGUAAACAAUGCGAACAGAAACUGAACAUUUUGCGUGUACUGAAUAAUACAUUGUGGGGAGCUGAUCGCUUAGCCCUGCUACGCAUAUAUCAAGCGCUGAUACUUUCACUGCUUAACUAUGCAUGUGCAGUUUAUGGCUCUGCAACCGCCUCCAAUCUACGUAUCUUAGAUACCGUACACCAUGCAGCUCUUCGCAUUUGUUCGGGAGCUUUUCGUACAUCCCCCGUUGAAAGUUUAUACGUUGUCUGCAAUCAAAUACUAUUAGAUUUGCAUCGCAUGAAGCUAUCUCUCAGUUAUUACUUUCGUAUCAUGUCCUCUAGAUAUCAUCCACUAAAGCAUUAUGUAAUUUCAUCAAGCUUGGAGAGAUUAUAUGCAGCUAGAUCUUCUCACGUCCGUCCAUUUCAUGCUCGCAUGCGUUUACUCAUUCAAACUUUUGACAUUUGCAAAUCACCAUCGCAAUCAGUCGAUCAUCUUCUCAUACCUCCAUGGAACAUUAUACCAUAUCAAUUUUAUUCCCCUUUUAUGAUGUAUAAUAAAUCUAAUGUUGCCCCCAUUAUCUACCAGCAACUAUUCAUUUCUCAUCGUCACCAAUAUUCAGAGUAUGUACCUGUGUUUACUGACGGAUCAAAAUCUGCGGGUUAUGUAGGCUGUGGCGUCAUUAUCGCUGAUGAUACCUAUAGCUACAGAAUCCCAAGUAUUUGCUCCGUCUUUACUGCUGAAGCUGCUGCCAUCCUCUUGGCACUGCGGCUGAUUUCCACUCGUUCUAGAAGGAAAUAUUGCAUAUACUCCGACAGUAUGAGUGUUUUGAGGCAGUUGGAAAAUUUUAACAGUGAUAGUCAUCAGAUUUUAUGUUUUAUUAAUCACUUGUUGAUAACCCUUCACAAAAAUAGAUUUCAUAUUUUAUUCUGUUGGGUGCCGAGUCACGUCGGUAUUCCAGGGAACGACUUGGCUUAUUCGGCUGCAAAAUCUGCUACCUCUGUUUUAACUCUAUCUGUACCUUUCUCGGACACAAAAACUUAUGUUCGACAGUUCAUCACAUCUGUUUGGCAACAACAAUGGGAUCUAAAAAUUUAUAACAAGUUACACUCAAUAAAAACAGAUUUUAACCCUUAUCCUGUACUGAGUCUGCGGCAUGCAGAUAUAAAAUUAAACCGUCUCCGAAUCGGCCACACUCGGCUGACCCACCUACAUUUGCUAUUCGGGGAACCUCCUCCCCAAUGCAGCACCUGUAAAGUUUUACUCACUAUUCAUCAUAUUUUAAUCACCUGCCCAUGUUUUAACCGUCAUCGUCUAAUCUUUUUUGGUAGUUCUAUUUUAACUCUUCAGGAUUUGUUAGGUGACUCUCAUCAUCCUAACAUUUUUGCGUUUCUACGCGCAAUUGGUCUUUUAUACUGCAUAUAA